UAAUCUCUCUUUUUUGUUUUCCCACCGAGCUCCCCUUUCCGGCCUCCCUCUCUCCCUCCCUCCAUCAGCGCUCAAUCCAUAUACAUAAUAAUAAAAAUAAAGAUGGAUUGACGUUUUUGGAUUUUCUUUUUAGGAUUUGGAAGCAGAUUGGCCGAAAAAAUGGUGAUCAUAUCACAGGAUAUGAUAAAGCAAUUCCAGACUCUGAUGGAUUCAAUUGACGAGCCACUCAAGAACACAUUCGAGAAUUUGCAUCAAGGAUAUCCAACUGAGGCUCUGGUUCGGUUUCUAAAAGCAAGAGAUGGGAAUGUCCCCAAGGCCCACAAAAUGCUUGUUGAUAGUUUAGAUUGGAGGAUCCAAAACGAGAUCGAUAAUAUAUUGUUGAAACCCAUCGUUCCUGUGGACUUUUAUAGUGGAAUCCGUGAUUCCCAGCUUAUAGGAAUGUCGGGUUACACAAAAGAGGGGCGACCCGUUAUUGCUGUUGGCGUAGGGCGCAGCACAUACGAUAAAGCAUCAAUACAUUACUAUGUUCAAUCACACAUCCAGAUAAACGAAUACAGAGACCGGAUAAUAUUGCCGGCUGCAACGAAGAAGUUUGAGCGGCAUAUUAGCACAUGUGUCAAGGUUCUGGAUAUGACCGGACUUAAAAUCUCACAACUUGGUCAGCUCAAGCUAUUGACGGUUAUAUCUAGCAUUGAUGACUUGAACUAUCCUGAAAAGACAGAUACCUAUUACAUUGUCAAUGCUCCAUACAUAUUUUCAGCAUGCUGGAAGGUGGUGAGGCCACUUCUGCAAGAAAGAACAAGGAAGAAAGUUCAGGUGCUUUCAGGUUGUGGAAAAGAUGAAUUGUUAAAGAUAAUGGACUAUGAUUCUCUCCCACAUUUCUGUAGAAGAGAAGGCAGUGGAUCUGGAUCAUCAAAACACUCUAGAAGCAGCACGAGCACGGGUAAUGAUAAUUGCUUCUCAUUGGACCAUGGGUUCCACCAGGAGCUGUAUAACUACAUUAACCAACAAACUGAGGCCAUAGAGUCACGCACCAUUAUCUCAUACAAAUCAUUUCAUGUGGCUUUCCCUGAACCAGACCCAGAUGAUCAAAAAAUUGCACAAACUAUAGAAUCUGAGUGUCAAAAGCUUAGUCACCAGAAUGGGGUUGCUGAUACAGUAAAUGAAGACAAAGAAAAGAAAUAGUUUGGGAAGCUAGCGGAGUUUAUGUCGAAAACGUCUCCCAGUGGGAGGUUAAAACACCUCAUUGUGGAUUGUGAGGUUACACAAUGAUAGUAAUGUUAACAGUAUGUUGUAACUUUAACUUCGUUUCAUGAGGGGCAAGUCUUGUGGCUUCCCUCUUUUAUUUCUCCUUUUGACUUUUAAAGGUAUGUUUGACUUUAGAAGUCAAAAUGUACUUUUAUACAUUUUUUGUUUUGGAUUAAUAAUGUAAUAGAGGGAGAAGAAAAUAUUUAAAGAAA